ACGAGUACCCAGAGGAUCGCACUCCGUCCGUCCAAAGUGACGCUAUCGUAACCCUUACGAGAGCGUAAGGUAGACGGCGUUUCGUACCAAAAGUCCGUGGCUUUUAUCGAAAUGUCAACUGCCGAGAUGAAUAUUCGCUUCGCCAGUCCGGGUGCGACACGCUUCGAUUCCGUGAAUGCCAGUACGGCGAACUCUUCGAACUUAAAGGUCCGAGUUUCGCCCACAAAGUCGGUCGCAUCCACUACUGCACCCGUGUGGACUUUGCUGCGUACUAUUCUGUUGGACCUUCCGUUGGCGCUUCUCUUUGCGUCCUUUUUGUUCGUCUACGCCUGCCAAUACAUUCACAGCACCUACUAUAUUCCCUUGUACGAUCGGGCCCAACGAACGAACGAAGACUUGUACGAAGAGUUCACCUACUACCACCGACACUGCACCAGUUACGAUUUAUCAACGCACCACUUGCCUGAUUUGCUUGUCAACGCAUCGGCCUCGUUGACGUCGGUUGCGGCGGCGAAAGAAGUCGUUGAAGAUGCCGUGGAUACCAUGUUAAGGCACGGCGCCAUUGUUCUGCCCGGCUUGUUGACCGCCGACGCGGUCCGUGACUUGCGGUCCUACGUGGAACGGCGCAACGCGGCAAUUUCCGAUACCGAAGUCUAUCCCGUGUCGCAAGGAGACCGGCGUCUCAGUUACGGGAUUGACGCAACGGAAGAUCCCGCCGUCGUCCAGGCUAUUCGACAAAUUGCCAAUCACACACCGUUACGGGCCAUUAUGCAAGCUUUGCUGGGUGAUCCCGACCCGGCGUCGGCCGAAAUUACCGCGAUUACGGCCUACCCGGGUGCCGAAGAUCAAUCGUGGCACGCGGAUACGAAAGAAGACGGAAACGCGCUCAAGUUCGCCCGUACCUAUAGUCACUCGUAUAGUCUCUUCCUUCCUCUACAGGAAACUACCGCCGCCAUGGGGCCGACCGAUGUGUGUCCGGGGACACACUAUUGCGCCAACGAUGUGACCGAAAUGUGUGACACCAACAAAAUGGGCCUGCACGAAGCAAACGAAGAUCUGGUAUUUCACGCUGGCGAUGGAGCCUUGUUAAACCAACACGUUUGGCAUCGCGGAUCUGCACACACCGAUCCAAACGCAAUGGAACGAAUCGUUUUUAUCGUGAGUUUCCUGGCCCGUCCAAAGUUUGGCAAAGAUCCGCGUCAGCUAUCUCGCGGAACGUACUUUCACCAGAAGUGGAACAUGUGGGGACACACCUGGAAAGACUUGAUGGAUCCGAUGGCUUCCAUGGGGAAGCCUUUCUCCAUUCUCCGUUGUUUGAGUAUCUACAAGCCUUGGUCUCGUAAUUGGGGGUACGACCUUGUGACAUCUGCAUUUAUGCGGUUUUCCAAUGAACAAUUGGAAAACGAAGACUUGGAAUUCCGACUUCUGCCCAGACUGGAGGAAGUCGGUCUGCCAUCUUGGCUAUGGGGGACCGUCUCCAUGGAGGAGGGGCAACGUGUUGCCUGGCAAACGUUCAUUUCCGAGACUUUGAAUAACACCUUUACCUUUCUAGCGGAAAUCAAUGUUAAAGCACACGCUGUGUAUGGGGCUUUGAUUGCUUUUUUUGCUUGUAUCGCCAGCAUCCGUCGCCAAUCGGGAGUCUCAGUAUUCCGACGGAACUUUCUCCGCGUGUUGUUGACGCACGGCGUUCUGCUUGGUGUGACGUUCAUGAUUCUAAGGGGCAUUCGCACUUCGGAAUGGGGCUCUAGUGUGUUGUUUGGACGGACGCUGCAGCGCCCGUUCCCAUCCAUUGCAAUCACCAGGGAAGUCGAAGAUCGAAUGCCAAUACAGGGGCCGACAACCGUCCCGCAUCGAUCAGAUGUACUGAUCGGUUCCCGUUAUGAUGCGGCCUUUCUUGGAAGUUACGACCGCUGGCUGGACUACCAUGCCGGAAACAGCGACUACUUGCAGAUUGUGGAAAAUCUGGGACCUUUGUACAGGUCGUAUCAGCGCCUGGGUCCCUUCUUUACCACUCAAGUUGAGAACAAUCUCCUUUCCCUUGUUGAGGAAAGUGAGGGUCGCUUUUUACAACAGAACUUUCGAACAGGUGACUGGCAAAUAAUGGACGAAGAAGAGGCGAGGCUGGUUGUCCAUGACGACCUGAUUGCUUGGUCAAAACAGUUGCUAUGGGUAUUACGUCGUUCCAUCGACCACAUGGUUGCAGAUUACCGCUUUGGAUUAUUUCGACAGACCUCGUUGGCUCGCUAUUCUCAGGUUCAUUUGCUGCAUUUGAGGCGCACGGUACUGGGUAAUCGUCUUGUCUUGUCCAAGUCCAGUCGAAACGGCCGACCUCCUUCUUUACAAUCUCAGCUGUCUCUUUCUCCACUUCGCAUCGAAGCACUAUCACACAUUACAAUUCACAGACGAUCGCUGCUACCUCCAGCAGUACCGCUACCUGAGAUUCGAGAAGGAAGCCGUGUAUGGUGCAACCUUCAAAACAUGGAAUGGGAUUGGUAUCCCGGGGUCGUCGAGAAUGCUGAUGAGAAUUACGAAUUUUUCGACGUUGCGUUGGAGGACGGUUUCAUUGUCGAGGAUGUUGCCAAGAUUGACAUUCGCCAGUAUCCUCAUAUAAAGGAAGGGAUACGUGUACAUGGAUGCUUUGGAGAUGGCUUGGAAGACUGCUUCCCGGGGACGGUAUUUCACGUCAUGCCCAAUCGAGAUGUGGGAAUUGAGUACGACGAUGGCGAUGUGGAGGACCGUGUGCCACCGAGUCGCUAUUUUGUACCGCCGUUUGCGUACGAGUCUCCGUCAUGA